UUUUCCAGAAGUGAAAGUGUUUUUCCUUCAGCCUCCGGGCCAUUCUGUUGCUGUUGGAAAAAUAAAGAAAAUCUCCAACUCCAGGCAGAACCGGUGAGAUUAAUGAACCCCAGCAUAGAGUGCUGAGUAAAAGAGUGAAAUUAAUUCCAGCAGAAGAGAUCAGUGUCUUCAGGAAUCAGCAGUGAGUCCAUGAGCUGUGUCCAUAUACUAAUAUUAAAAAAUGGAGAGCUGUGAUCUGGACACAGAUAAUGUGACCCCACCCUCAGAAAAGCGUGAACUCAAGAGAAACAGAUCAGACUCACCAGAAGCCAGCUGUGUCUCCAUGAAGAGUGAUUGGUCUAUGCAUCAACCUGACCACUUUAAAAGUGGAGACCCCUCAUCUGUACACAGUGUUUUACAGAAGUCAGGGCAUAGAAGAGAAAAGAUCAUCACAGAUACAGGACAUGCCCCAGAAUCUGCUGCUGGAAAUGAAGUCCAGAAAAAGUUCAAAUUAAAUCUGAUGAAGAAGUUUCAGUGUUUAAAUGGAGUGAUAAUAAAGCAGGAAAACCGAGUGCUCCUGAAUGAGAUCUACACAGAGCUCUACAUCACAGAGGGAGACAGUGGAGACGUCAAUAAAGAACAUGAAGUGAGACGGAUCGAGGCAACGUCCAGGAGAAAAACAACAGAGGAAACACCAAUCAAAUGCAAUGACAUCUUUAAGCCCUUAUAUGAAGAAGAUGAACCCAUCGGAACUGUAGUGACGAAGGGAGUGGCUGGUAUUGGAAAAACAGUCUCUGUGCAGAAGUUCAUUGUGGACUGGGCUGAAGGGAAAGCAAAUCAGGACGUCCACCUCAUAUUUCCACUUCCUUUCAGAGAGCUGAAUCUGAUGAAGGACCAAAAACUGAGUCUGAUGGAGCUCCUUCAUGUCUGUUUUAAAGAAACAAAUGAAAUGGAAAUGUCCAGGUUGGAAAAGGUUCUGUUCAUUUUUGAUGGAUUGGACGAGUAUCGUUUCCCUCUGGAUUUCCAGAACACAGUGAGAGUGUGUGAUGUAACUGAAUCAGCAUCAGUGCAUGUGUUGCUGGUGAACCUGAUCAAAGGGAAUUUGCUUCCCUCUGCUCUCAUCUGGAUCACCUCCCGACCAGCAGCAGCUGAUCAAAUCCCCUCUGAGUAUGUCCACCGAGUCACAGAGGUACGAGGGUUCAAUGACCCACAGAAGGAGGAGUACUUCAGGAAGAGGGUCAGUGAUCAGAGCCUGGCUGAGAACAUCAUCACACACCUGAAGUCAUUAAGAAGCCUCUAUAUCAUGUGUCACAUCCCAGUCUUCUGCUGGAUUUCAGCCACUGUUCUAGAGAGAAUGUUGGGUGAAGCAGAGAGUGGAGAGAUCCCCAAGACUCUGACUCAAAUGUACACACACUUCCUCAUCAUUCAGACAAACAUCAUCAGAGGAAAGUACUCAAAGAAACUGGAGAGUGAUGAAGAAAUGCUUCUCAACCUGGGAAAACUGGCUUUUCAGCAGCUGAAGAAAGGCAACCUGAUCUUCUAUGAGGAAGAUCUGAGAGAGUGCGGCAUUGAUGUGACAGAAGCAGCAGUGUACUCAGGUGUGUGUACGCAGAUCUUCAGAGAGGAGGUUGGGCUUCACCAGAGUCAAGUGUACUGCUUUGUUCAUCUGAGCAUUCAGGAGCAUCUCGCAGCUCUGUAUGUGCAUCUGACCUUCAUGAAGGAAAAGAGAAAUGUUCUUGGACCGACUCUGAACAAGACAAUUUCAGAUGUACACAGUAGUGCUGUAGAUCAGACCUUAAAAAGUCAGACUGGACAUUUGGAUCUGUUCCUCCGCUUUCUUCUGGGUCUCUCACUGGAGUCCAAUCAGAAACUCUUACAUGCCUUAGUAACACAGACAGGAAGUAGCUCUCAGAGCAAAGAGGAAACAGUUCAGUACAUUAAAGAGAAGAUCAGUGAAAAUCUUCCAGCAGAAAAAUCCAUCAAUCUGUUCCACUGUCUGAAUGAACUGGGUGAUGAUUCUCUAGUGGAGGAAAUCCAACACUACCUGAAAUCUGGAAAACAAAGUAAACUCUCUCCUUCACAGUGGUCUGCUCUGGUGUUUGUGUUACUGACUUCAGCACAGGAGCUGGAGGAGUUUGACCUGAGUAAAUAUACCAGUACAGAUAAGAUAACAGAUUGGGUUCUUGUGAAGGUGAUGCCUGUGAUUGCAGCAUCCAGAAAAGCAAUGAUCAGUUGUGAUUCAAUUAAAUGGAGAAGCGCUGAAGCUCUGGUCUCAGUGCUCAACUCAGAAACCUCCAGUCUGAGAGAACUGCAUCUGACUGUGAAGACACUGGAUCUGACUGGGAAUAAACUAGAAGACUCAGGAGUGAAGCAUCUCUGUGCUGUACUGGAGAAUCCUCACUGUAAACUGGAGACACUGAAGUUGUGUGGUUGUGGUGUCUCAGAUGAAGGCUGUGCUGCUCUGAGUUCAGCUCUGAGAUCAAACCCCUCACACCUUAGAGAACUGAAUCUGUCUAAUAAUAAUCUGGGAGACUCAGGAGUGAAGCGUCUCUGUGCUGUACUGGAGAAUCCUCACUGUAAACUGGAGAUACUGGGGUUGUGUGGUUGUGGUGUCUCAGAUGAAGGCUGUGCUGCUCUGAGUUCAGCUCUGAGAUCAAACCCCUCACACCUGAGAGAACUGGAUCUGUCUAAUAAUAAUCUGGGAGACUCAGGAGUGAAGUGUCUCUGUGCUGUACUGGAGAAUCCUCACUGUAAACUGGAGACACUGAGGUUGUGUGGUUGUGGUGUCUCAGAUGAAGGCUGUGCUGCUCUGAGUUCAGCUCUGAGAUCAAAUCCCUCACACCUGAGACAAUUGAAUCUGUCCGAUAAUAAUUUCGGAGACUCAGGAGUGAAGCGUCUCUGUGCUGGACUGGAGAAUCCUCACUGUAAAGUGGAGACACUGGGGUUGUGUGAUUGUGGUGUCUCAGAUGAAGGCUGUGCUGCUCUCACUUCAGCUCUGAGAUCAAACCCUUCACACCUGAGAGACCUGUAUUUGACUGGGAAUGAAAUAGGAGACUCAGGAAAGAAGCUGCUCUCUGCUCUUAAGGAUGAUAAACAUUACAAAUUACAGACACUUGAGUUGUCUAAAUGUGGUGUCUCAGAUGACAGCUGUGCUGCUCUGAAUUCAGCUCUGAGAUCAAACCCCUCACACCUGAGAGAACUGAAUCUGACUAAUAAUAAUCUGGGAGACUCAGGAGUGAAGCGUCUCUGUACUGUACUGGAGAAUCCUCACUGUAAACUGGAGAUACUGGGGUUGUAUAAGUGUGGUGUCUCAGAUGAAGGCUGUGCUGCUCUGAGUUCAGCUCUGAGAUCAAAUCCCUCACACCUGAGAGAACUGGAUCUGUCUAAUAAUAAUCUGGGAGACUUAGGAGUGAAGCAUCUCUGUGGUGUACUGGAGAAUCCUCACUGUAAACUGGAGACACUAAGGUUGUGUAGUUGUGGUGUCUCAGAUGAAGGCUGUGCUGCUCUGAGUUCAGCUCUGAGAUCAAACCCCUCACACCUGAGAGACCUGGAUCUGACUAAUAAUAACCUGGGAGACUCGGGAGUAAAGCAUCUCUGUGCUGUACUGGAGAAUCCUCACUGUAAACUGGAGAUACUGGGGUUGCAGUAUUGUGGUGUGUCAGAUGAAGGCUGUGCUGCUCUGAGUUCAGCUCUAAGAUCAAAUCCCUCACACCUGAGAGAACUGGAUCUGACCAAUAAUAAUCUCAGAGAGUCAGGAGUGAAGUGUCUCUGUGCUGUACUGGAGAAUCCUCACUGUAAACUGGAGAAACUGGGGUUACAGUAUUGUGGUGUCUCAGAUGACGGCUGUGCUGCUCUGAGUUCAGCUCUGAGAUCAAACCCCUCACACCUGAGAGAACUGAAUCUGAAUAAUAAUAAUAAUCUGGGAGACUCAGGAGUGAAGCGUCUCUGUGCUGUACUGGAGAAUCCUCACUGUAAACUGGAGACACUGAGGUUGGAGCGUUGUGGUGUCUCAGAUGAAGGCUGUGCUGCUCUCACUUCAGCUCUGAGAUCAAACCCCUCACACCUGAGAGAACUGUAUCUGAUUAGGAAUAAAAUAAGAGACUCAGGAGAGGAGCUGCUCUCUGCUCUUCAGGAUGAUGAACAUUACAAACUACAGACACUCUAUUUCAGGGUGUGGUGAACAUCUGUGUGUGUGAUGAAGACUCUGGUGUUCCUGCAUUUCCAUGUUAGAGAACAGACAACACAUUCAUAAACACAUCAGUCAUUUAGUUCUAACAAAUUAAAGAGACUCAGAGAUGUGGUCAGUGUGUGUUCAUGGUGCACAGUGAAUCAGACUGCACACAAUUCUACACAGAAUGUGGAACAACUUGUGAUCUGCAUGAAACUGCCUGGACCUCAGUCCCUUAAAAACCCUGAAAGAGCAGGUGAAAAAGCACAGGGACUCGAGCUGAACCCAGUCAGUGGAAGAGGGAGCUGAAAUGGACAGGAACAAAGAGUGAACCAAACAGUGGUGCAGUCUAAAUUGGGGGGCAUUUUGAAUGUUGUAAUAUAAUAAUGUAGCUUCGAAGGUGUGUCUUUCUGGUUCUAAAGGAGAGAGAUGUGAGUGAGAAAUGAUGUAUUUUUAUUAAACUGAUGAUUAAUUUUA